AUGGACAAUUCUACUCGCUCUGUGAAUUCGUCUGAAAGUCAAAUUAACUUUUUAAUCGUCUAUCAGGUACCAAGCAACAACGGUGGUCGUCAGACCAAGAGCACUCAGACACGCAUUGUAAGUGAAUCCAAUGUGGUACACAGGAGCGUCUUGUGCAUUCCAAACAAAGAUUGGAACCCAGGCGUUGGUCACAUAGGCGAGAGUAUUGGUAACCACAACAGUGAAGUUUCUUUUCAUGUCGUUAGCCACCAGCAAUCUGUUGACCCAGGAGAAGAUCUGUGGUUGUCCCCAACUUGUUGGAACUCCAACCAAAAAGUAAGCUGCCCAAUGUGCUGCGCGAGGAAUGUGCCAUGCCGAAAGCAAAGCAGAUCCCAGCAUCUGGACCACAAAGUAGGCUCCAACGAAGAAGUAGUUGUACACUCCUCCCAAGUAAUCGUGGGUGUGAGACAGCACAAGCGUCACUGCAAUAGACACACCGUAAAGGAUCGAUGGGUAAGUAUUAUAUUUUGCUGCUGGCAAUCCCAGGUCUUGCUUCAUCCAGGUGGUGAAUGUAGGCUGACUGAUGGCAGCACAGGUGUUGUUGUAACAGAGGAAAAGAAUUGGGAACACAAAGAUGUGCCAAGUCUUGAAAAAUCCUCUGAUACGUUCCCAGGAGUAUCUGUGUCUUGUCUUGAGCUCAGCUCCAACAACACGACGUCUUUCAAGGGCCACCUUCUUAUCAGUUUCGGUGAAGUACCAAGCCUUAGUAGUCGAUGGGGUGUUAGGGUCCACAAACAUGGUAUAAAUUCCAACAGGAACAGAAAUAACAGCGUCAAACACAAACAUCCAUUUGAAUGGAGGCAAGCUCGAGUGAGAGAAGUUCUGCAAGAUUCUCUGUUGGAGAGGACCAGACACUAA